CCCUCGUCCCCUUUAAGGACAGACUUUGUGGAGAUGGAACCAUGCUGGACAUUGACAAUGUCUGCUCUCUCUCUGUCUCUCUCUUUCUCUCAGUAAAUAGUAAUGGCACGGACAUAAUCCAUGUUUCUAUGGAAAACUGUUGAAUCAAAUCAUAUCGAUUUUGGCCUCUGUAAAGUACAUCAAAAUAUAUCAAUAUAUCCUUAAUAUAACCUGGAGUUAACAGUACAAAAAAAGAGUAAAUUGUCUGUACUAGACAGUAUCUAGUUCUUCAGUCUAUUGAUUAGGUCCAUAUGCACUAUUUGCAUGGUUCUCUUUACUGAACCAAUGAGCAUGAAACAAAAACAUAAGGUUUAUCCAUCAGUGUGUAAUGCCAUUCAGUAUAUAGAUGCCGUGAAAGGCAAUAAGACAAUGCUGUCUGCAUAGGUUGUCACCCGAAGCUAUAACAGUCGUCUCGGCCAAUCAAACACAACCUGACUUCUGAAGAGUUGGAUGCGUACAGAAACGUUUCCAUUGAUCAAAGACACAGAUGUAAAGAUGACACCUUCAAAGAUGGUCACGCUGGGUCUGGUAGUUCUGAUUCUCUGGGAAUGCGGUAAGUUCAAAUGGACUCAUUUAUACACAUCCUUUGUAUGGAAUAUGAUGGAUUUUUGGUUAUCACAAUGUUUUCUCCUCGUUGCAGUUCAUGUGCUAGAGGUGACACAGUCUUCAUCCAUGCGUCAGGACAGUCAUAUCAAGUCCGUCGAUGUUGGAGACACGGUGACUCUGCAUUGCUUGUACCAAGUUGCUAUGGCAAAGCACCUUUCUUGGUACCGGCAAACACUUGGAGAUAAACCACAGCUUAUAUCUACAAUGUUUAUGUAUCAAGAAAAAGCUAGACUGCACAAUGAGUUUGAGGACCAUCCUCGCUUCUUUGUGCAAUUUGAUGGAGGAAUAUAUCAAUUGACAAUCUCAGAUGUCCAACCUUCAGAUUCAGCUAUGUACUUCUGCUCUAAAACAUUCAUAAAUACACAGGAAUUUGCUGAUGGUGUCUUCCUCAAUGUAAAAGGUCCAGGUUCCAAUACCAAAGAAGUUGUCCGGCAGCCAGUUUCUGAGUCCAUCCAGCCAGGAGACUCUGUUACUCUGAACUGUACAAUACCCACUGAGACCUGUUCUGGAGAACACAGUGUCUAUUGGUUCAGACAUGGCUCAGGAGAAUCCCAUCCAGGAAUCCUUUACACCCAUGGAAGCAGAAGUGAUCAGUGUGAGAAGAGCCCUGAGGCUGGGUCUCCUACACAGAGCUGUGUCUACAACCUCCCCAAGAGGAACCUCAGCCUCUCUGAUGCUGGGACUUACUACUGUGCUGUGGCCUCAUGUGGGGAGAUACUGUUUGGAAAUGGGACCAAGUUGGAUAUUAAGUCAUGUGGUGAGGACCAGAUGACAAUCUUGGUGCUUCUCUCCAUCAUGAGAACUGGAGUUCUAUUCUGCUACCUGUUCAUCGUUAUCGUCUUGUGUUUCAUAAAGAAAUCCAGUUAAGUGUGAUAUCCAUCACUUUGAGCUGUACUUUGUCAUGUAUGUCUUACUUAUGACAAUGAUUAUCUUAAUAGAUUUUCAGUGUGUACAACAUUUUAUGUCAGAGAAACAUUCCCCAAAAAGAUUUUUGUCGAUUUUUUGGGGGUUGG